GCUGCGAUUUGCAAAUCCAUCUAUGACGUGUGCUGGGAACAUGUCAUCAUCGUACCAAAGCAAGGCAAUCAAGACAAGUGGAGACGAGAUAAGGAUACCAUUGUCUUACAUUAUAUAAAGUGUAUGUGAUACUCAGAAUAUAAUGUGGUUUUAACAAAAUUAUUUACAAACUCUAAUAAGAAAGUCUCCAAAAUAUCAAGGUAUUUAUAAAUCUUAACAUUCAUUUGCCAUUCUUUCAUUAUCAGGUCAAUAAUAAUAUCACAGAAAUGUCACGACUUGAUAACAUUGACGCACUGGAAAAGCAAUUAGCUGAGUUACAAAUGGCUAAAGAUUUAAAUACCACUGGAAAGGUAAAAAAGAUACCACCAGCCGUGCCACCAAAAAAGAAGGCUCAACCGCAAGUUCCACACAGUGCUGUAGUAAGCACUAUAUGUGAGCCAUCAUAUUCGGCUAUGAUUAUGCCACCUGCAAGUAACAAUUUGACGUAUAGAAAUCCACCUCCAGGCAAUACUCGGCCUCAUAUUCAUAAAGACUAUGCCAAUGUUAAUCAGUUAAAUCUGUCAUCGUUUAACCAUUCCUAUAGGCAAAACUUGCCCAUGCCGCCCAAGACUUAUAACGCAACAUACAGCAAUGUACCGCCAUAUAGAAGCAAUGAUAACUUGCCUCCCGUGCCACCACCGCCACCGCCGCCACCUCCACCACCCUCAAUCUCUAUUUCAUCAUCGAAACCAUAUAACAUGCAUCAAAAUAAUGAAGAAUAUUUGCCACCGCCAUCGCCUGUCAGUUCUAACUACAGUGAGUUAGUCAGAGCCACUGCAAACUUGAACUAUAACCAAGAAAGGCCAAGUUAUCCACCUAUCUAUCAGAAUGAGUUUCCUGAAUAUGGAGCAUCACAAUCUUCAACUUAUGAGUCACUUUAUGAACCUAUUAACCCACGCCCACACAGCAACUUGUCAUCUCAGUCUAAUUCACUGCACAACUACCGCAAUAACUUGUCUAACACAAGCAAGUCACCACUUCACAAAGAAGAAGAAGUUGAUGCACUUACUAAUAUGCUUGUGAAAUCCAUAACAGACAGUCAAGAUUUAGAUGUUUUUGGAACAUGUGUCAAAUGCGAUGGGAAAGUAAUUGGUGAGAGUUCUGGAUGUACUGCAAUGGGAAACAUGUAUCAUGUCACCUGUUUCUGUUGCCAUCGAUGUAAUGUAAACCUGCAAGGGAAGCCAUUCUAUGCUGUUGAAGGUCAGCCUUACUGUGAAACUGAUUACUAUGAAACCUUAGAAAAAUGUUCCGUUUGUGACAUGCCGAUUCUAGACAGAAUUCUACGAGCUACUGGGAAACCGUACCAUCCCAACUGUUUCACUUGUGUUGUUUGUGGGAAGAGUCUUGAUGGAAUACCAUUCACUGUUGAUGCAAUGAAUCAAAUUCAUUGCAUUGAAGAUUUCCAUAAGAAAUUUGCUCCACGUUGUUGUGUUUGCGAAUUGCCUAUCAUGCCAGAAGAAGGCGAAGAAGAGACUGUAAGAGUGGUGGCGUUGGAUCGCAGCUUUCAUGUAAGAUGUUACAGAUGUGAAGACUGUGGGUUACUACUGUCAUCAGAAUCAGAAGGCAGGGGAUGUUAUCCUCUGGAUGAUCACAUCCUUUGCCGAAAUUGUAACGCGCAUCGUAUCCGUCUCCUUACGAAUGUUAUGACUACUGAUCUAUAAGUUUUGUGAUACCUUUAUCUUUAACUUGAAUAUCUUUUCUUUAUUGCAAUUUAACGCUAUUAUACUUUAUAAUAUUUUCAUACACUUAACAGCAUCAUGUAACUUUUGUUAACAUUUUAGUUUAAUAAUUUAUAUUCUGCAUUUCAAUAUUUCUUAUUGGAUUUAGGUAGCAACGAGUUGUAUUUAGUAUUUUAGCUAGUAGUCAUUUUAGUGAUACAUUUAGUUCAUAGUAAUUAUUGCUAUUUAUUUUUUGAGCCAUUGUAUUGUAUAAGAAGACUGUUAUCAAAGUAAUAUUUGUCAAGUUUAUUGUAAUGUUGGUUAUAAGGCAAAUAUAUUAAUUGGUUUUUAAUAUAGUAGCAUCAUGUGAUAAUCGAAACAAUAUUGUUGAGUAAUAUUUUCUAUUUAUAGAGCAUUAUAAAUGCUAAAAAUCAUAUUUUUAUACUUUAUUAUCUAGUGUAGCUACAUCUGUAAUCUAAGGGCAGCUUAUUAUUUUAUUUAUUAUAAUAAAUAUAUUUUUUUUUAUUUG